UAUACUGACGAACCACCGAGUUACGAAGAAGUUAUAAAUGCUACUACUAAUAACGAUAAUCCUUCAUUUUUGCAAAAUAUUGAAAAAAACGAACUUGAUGGACCAAAUCUUGGUGUAAUUCAUCAUAUAAAAAAAGAAGAUACGUUGAUAGGAAUAUCUUUUAAAUAUAACGUUAAGAUAUCAGAAAUUCGUAAAGAAAAUCAAUUAUUUGAUGAUAACAUUUUUGCUCGUAAAAUAUUGAUUAUUCCAAAUUACUUUGGCCAGUCGUUAUCCGAAAAACCUUCUAAAGAAGAUGUGAAACGUUUUCAGCUGCAAUCAAAAUGUGUUGACACGGUGGAAGCAAAAUAUUAUAUGGAGCAAUCAAAUUACGAUAUUGAUAAAGCUGUUCAAAUAUACAGAGAAGAUAUUUUAUGGGAAAUUCAACAUCCUAAAAGAGAUGAUACUUUUAACUCCCGUAAAUUAUUUAUUCAGAAUAAUGAAAAGAUUAAAAAAUUUUAA